AAAUUAUUACCAGGGCUGGAAAGGCUACUUCAACGAGUGGACAGCUCUCAGGCGCAACAGCUGUUCGUCAACAAACAAGCAGAUUUUUACAACUGUUAAAAUGGACCCAAAUAUACCCAUUAAGACUGAUGAAGAUGAUUCAAGCAAAAACAAACCAGAUUGCAUUGUAACAAAGCAUGCCAAGCGCGCUGUGCUGGAGUACUUGAAACAACAUGGCUGUACGCGUGCCAAUCUGGAGAAAAGCGCAUGGGCACGACGAAAUAAUCAAGAGAAUGUCAUUGAUUACAUAUGUCGAGCCUAUAAGGAUGCAGAGACACGUGUGAAUCAGGAAUGUGACUCAGUCAGCCUCAGCCACAUCAAUCAGUGGUUGCAGCUGCUGAAAUCGGCGGAGUUGUCAAAGCUAUGCGAAUACGAAGCAGCAGCCGUGGUGAACGCCAUAGUGCUUAAUGAGGCGCAGCCAGAGCCGGCCCAGCUGGGUGGCGUCAAUAUGGGGCAAGUAUACGGCUUUGUGGAGAACGCGCUAACUGGGCAACCACAAAAGAAACUAAGCGCGGCCAGCGAAGCGUUUCUGUCCCGUGAAAUUGAGCUGCUCAUAGAUGAAGCCAACAAUGAUCAGUCGGAUAAUGUGGCGCGACGCAUGGGACAGAGUUUAUUUGAUCGCCAAGAGUACAACUAUGAAGCGGAGCCACACAAAUGCAGUUUAGAUCCAUUAUUUUUAGAUGAAUAGAUUUAGGGUUUAUAGAAAUAAACUUAUUCAACGAAUUCAUUUCCACACAUA